AUGGCCACCCCUCUCACGCCUCGGCCUAAACUGGAACCUGGGUCACGAUCGUCCACGGACUCGGAUUCCACAACAACCAUCCCACAGUUUGCCGUACCACCACGCCCUGUAUCGCCCAGAAACUCUGCUCCUACCUUCGCACCCCAAGAAGAGGUUCAGCAUCGUUCAUCGGAGUGGCACACAGCACAGUCAUCGACAAAUUGGCCGCCGCAGAGCGUCGCUCAAUCGUUUAUGCGGUCGGAUGCCCCAACGCCGACUGUCUUUCAAACCCGUACUUCCACUGUGGAUGGGAGCGAGCCCGUCUACCUCGAAGUGCGUAAUCGCGGCAUGCCUUACGAUCAGUCGACGCCCGGCUUGGGCGAAAGCUUCUUGGAGGGCUCCUUCCAAAAUGUCGGCGCCAAGCUCAAGGCGUGCAACGACACGCUCGGUGACGUCCAGCAGCUGGGUAUCGAACACAUUGUCUCACUCCCGAGCCUCAUCAUGGUUGGAGACCAGUCGGCCGGGAAGUCCAUGCUGAUGUCCAGCGUCGCGGGCCUGCCCCUUCCUCGGAGCGAUGGCGUCUGUACGAGGUGCCCAAUUCACAUUCGUGCCUCCAGAAACAACGAGUGGUCGUGCCGUGUCAGCCUGCAACUGGACUACGACUAUUGCCCACCUCCCUUCGGCCAGCCCAUUACGAAGGAGGAUGUUACCGCCGAGAACCCUUUCCCGCCUUGGGUCCGACGACAAAAUCGUGAGGUCAAGGAGUUCAUGACCAUCUACUCACGGAACAAAAGCGAGAUCGAAACUGUUCUCCGCUGGGCCCAGGUGGCGGUCCUGAACUAUGCCCAGAACUCGGAUUUGUUCAUUCCUGGCUCAGGCGCCAUCGCGAGGACUAGGGAACUUGCCGUCGAAGCCGAGAAUACCAUUGCCAAAUUCAGCCCCAACACUGUGGCACUCGAGAUCAAGGGGCCCGACCUGCCCGACCUGUCGUUUUAUGACCUGCCCGGCAUCUUCCGCAAUUCCGGAUAUGAGGAAGACGAGUAUCUUGUUCAAGUUGUCGAAAACUUGGCUGUUCAGCACAUUUCGGAAAACGACGCUCUCAUCAUCUGGGCGGUCCCCAUGAAUGCCGACCCCGAAACGUCGUCUACUUUGUCCAUCAUUCGCAGAGUCGGCGCUCAGAACCGCACCAUUGGCGUCAUGACCAAGGCUGAUCUGCUGCCGAAUCAGGGUAGCAAUAGCUACGGCCAGUGGCUGUCCAUGCUUCGCGGCGAACGUCACCUCAUUGGCCACGAGUACUUCAUCACCUCUCGGCGCGCAGAACAGGACCUGGAUCGCCAGACCCAAUGGGAGGAGGCCUUGUUCAAUGGCAAGCAUGAGAACUGGCCAGAGGAGUUUGCCGAGUUUUCAGAUCGAUGUGGUGUCGAACGACUGAAGGAAGCUCUUUCGGAAAAGCUUGGGAAGGAGUUUGCAAAAAACCUUCCCUCUAUCAAGAGCAAGAUCUUUGACGAGCUUCGCAAGAACGAGAAGCGGCUCAGCAACCUUCCAGAAUUGCCCACCAACAUCGAGUACGAGGUGCGCAAAAGCUUGAUCGAAUUCACGGCGAUCGUCAAGGACAAGAUCCGCGGCAAUGAGUUCUCCUCUGCUUUCGGUCUUUUGGCGGGGUCUUUCCGCGAAUGUCUGUUGCACGCGAAGCCUAAAUUCUCGCUCAAGCACAAGUCUGAUGUGCCAGUUCUCGAAAUCUCUGAUGACGACGAGCCAGCAAGUGCGAGCCGCAAGCGAGGCCCGCAGGCCAGCUCCAACGGUGCGAGCAAGCGACCCCGACACGUCGGCAGUAGCGGCAGCUUCUCCCAGGCUUCGCAAGCCGGCUUGCAAAUGAAGACGGAAGAGGCCACUGUGCGCAACGGUACGCCGACACCACACACGCCAUCUCGCGGCUCCGUCCGGCCGUCUGUUCUGCCUGCUCCGUUCCAGAACUUUACAUCUCUGGGCUCGGGCUUCAGGAGCAUUGGGGCGAUCCGCGCAGACAUCCAGGCCAAGACCAAGGCUGGUAUGCCGAACAUUGUCCCUAGCGAGGUGUACAACGAUCUCUGUAAACUUGCCGUGAAGCACUGGAACCAUCCCAUGCUUGUCUUUCUGGAGGCGGUUAUGUCUCAUCUCCAGGUCAUAGUCAACCAAGCUCUGGAUCAGGCUUUCGGCAAGCUCAAGCGACGUCUCGUCUUCAAGGACUCCAAAAGACACAUGGAGGCCUUUCUCAGCAGCCGCCGGAGCAAGGCCCUGGAGUUCCUGACGGAGCUGUACGAGAUGGAGUCUUACCAGCUGUUCACGAUUAACCACGACGCAUUCACCCUGUACGAGCAGGAGGAAGGCCGCCUGCUCAAGCGUUACCGCCAUUAUGUGCGAUGGCAAGCCUUUGUCGGCGAAAAGUGCGAGAGCAGCGAUAAGACGGCGGCCUCUCACUUCAACAGCGACUGGGACCGCAUGACGCCCGACCAGCGCGCCAGCGAGCAGAGACGCCAUGACGCAGAGCUCAUCAAGAUGGGCCCCGAUCCGUUUGAGAAGGAGCUCAAGGUUGCUGCCUAUGUGCGGGGAUACUACCGGCUGGCCGCCUUGCGGUUCGCCGAAACGACGACGCUCUACGUGACGUCACGGAUGUUUCCGUCGAUUGUCAAGGAGCUCGACAUGUACCUCGAGACGCAGCUGGGGCUGAUGGGUGCCGGUCCCGAGGCUUUUGAUCGCCUCAUGGACGAGGAGGAGACGACGGCCCGCAAGCGCCAGACGUGCAAGCUUACUGUUGAGAAGCUGAAGAAGGCCAUGGACUCCAUCAACGAGCUGGAGCGCGAGACGGAAGACGUCGACAUGGCAAUGGAUGGUGCCAAUGACAUGGGCGGUCUCGAUGAUGGCGGUCACGGCAUCAGGGGCUAUGCCGAGACGAUCAGCGAUGAGCUGUGA